CCGGCCAGUCUCCAACGUUAUUCAAUCCUCUCCGCUCUUUUAUUCUUCUUAAAAGCCUCAACUCCAUCUCAGUCAUCAUCUUCAUCGUGGCAACAUGGCCUUCUCCGAGUACCAGCAACUGAACGACAAGUUGCUCCUAGACUACAUAAAGGCCACACCUUCCCUCUCUUCCAAGCUCAAAGACCACCUCGACAACUUGACCAUCAAGGAAGUCGGCGAUGGCAAUCUCAAUUUCGUCUUCAUCGUCGUUGGUUCUCAUGGCUCUUUUGUCAUCAAGCAGGCUCUUCCAUACAUACGUUGUAUAGGUGAGUCAUGGCCGAAGACAAAGGAAAGAGCUUAUUUUGAGACAUUGGCACUGAGAGAGCAUGGUCGUUUGAGUCCUGAUCAUGUGCCUGAAGUUUAUCAUUUUGAUCGGACCAUGUCUUUGAUUGGCAUGCGCUAUUUGGAACCACCCCAUAUUGUACUGCGAAAGGGACUGAUUGCUGGCAUUGAGUACCCUUUGCUUGCUGAACACAUGUCAGACUAUAUGGCAAGGACUCUGUUCUACACUUCUCUCCUUUAUCAUAAUACUACCGACCACAGGAAAGCUGUUGCUGAAUUUUGUGGAAAUGUGGAGUUAUGCAGGCACACCGAGCAAGUUGUUUUCUCUGACCCUUACAAAGUAUCUGAAUAUAACCACUGGACUUCUCCUUAUCUUGAUUCUGAUGCUAAGGCUGUGCGAGAGGACAAUGCUUUGAAGCUUGAAGUUGCUGAGUUGAAAUCUUUGUUCUGUGAGAGAGCCCAAGCCCUAAUACAUGGAGAUCUUCACACUGGUUCUGUAAUGGUGACUCCUGAUUCAACUCAUGUUAUAGAUCCAGAAUUUGCAUUUUAUGGACCAAUAGGUUUUGAUACUGGAGCUUUUCUGGGAAACUUGAUUUUGGCUUUCUUUGCACAAGAUGGGCAUGCUGAUGAACAAAAUGAUCGAAAAGCAUACAAGGCUUGGAUUUUGAAGAUAAUUCAAAAUACAUGGAACUUUUUCCACAGAAAAUUUAUCGCACUAUGGGAUGAGAACAAAGAUGCUGGUGACGCGUAUCUUCCUGCAAUUUAUAACAACUCUGAGCUUCAACAGCUUGUACAAGACAAAUAUAUUAAAGAAUUGCUUCAUGACACCCUUGGCUUUGGUGCUGCGAAAAUGAUAAGGAGAAUUGUUGGUGUGGCACAUGUCGAAGAUUUUGAAUCAAUCACUGAUGCUAGCAAGAGAGCGGGCUGUGAGCGACGGGCACUUGAGUGUGCAAAGCUGAUUCUUAAGGAGAGGAAAAAAUUUCAGAACAUUGGGGAAGUUGUUUCAGCCGUUCAACAAAUCCAGACUGCUACAUGUUUUCUACAACGUACUGUAUGUGCUUGAUGGAGAAUUGGAGGUGCAAGGCAAGCUGGUCCAAUUGAGACUGGAAGUUGUCCCAAGUAAGAGGAAACUAAGAGCAAGUGCACCGCAUCAGGCAAAUUGCAAAGGCAAAAGGAGAGGUUUUGCCUCCAAAUUAUGCACUAUUCAUUGAUUUUGCCUUUGCCUUUCAUUUUUUUGGUGCACCCCUAUAAGGCAAGACUUUCAUCUGCUGCAGAGUACAUUCCUUUCUUCUCAGUUUUGCCCUUUCUUCUGCUUC